CAAAUGCGCUGCUAUCCCAUCAUGCUCUCUUCCUCGACUGCCACGUAACGGCGCAAGUGUCUGACUGCAUCCAUCCCACCGGGAAAAAAAUCUUGGCCGACGUGUCGUACGCUCAGCCGCUAGCCCGCUAACACCGGGAAAAUAUAGUUUUAUCACCGGUAAAUAGAAGCGGAGAGCCAUGGGGGGAGCCCAGAGCGUAGAGAUUCCAGGGGGAGGCUCGGAGGGAUACCAUGUCCUCAGAGUUCAGGAGAAUUCGCCUGGCCACCGAGCAGGGCUGGAGCCCUUCUUUGACUUCAUCGUCUCCAUCAACAAUACAAGGCUGAACAAAGACAACGACACACUGAAGGACCUGCUGAAGGCUAACGUGGAGAAGCCAGUGAAGAUGUUGGUGUACAGCAGCAAGACACUGGAGCUGAGGGAAACCACGGUCACCCCUAGCAACAUGUGGGGAGGCCAGGGGCUUCUAGGUGUCAGCAUCCGCUUCUGCAGCUUCGAGGGAGCCAAUGAGAACGUCUGGCAUGUCCUGGAAGUGGAGCCUAACUCUCCAGCUGCAUUAGCUGGUUUGAGGCCGCACACAGACUACAUCAUUGGGGCAGACACGGUCAUGAAUGAGUCUGAAGACCUGUUCUCCCUGAUCGAGACCCACGAGGGCAAGGGGCUGAAGCUCUACGUCUACAACACAGACACAGACAACUGCCGAGAAGUGGUCAUCACUCCCAACAGUGCCUGGGGUGGAGAGGGCAGCCUGGGCUGUGGCAUAGGCUACGGCUACCUGCACAGAAUCCCCACGCGGCCCUUCGAAGAGGGCAAAAAGAUCAGCUUCCCAGGUCACGUCCCCACCGAACCAUCAAGCCCGUUGAAGGACGGCUUCACAGAGGUGCAGCUCUCGGCUGUGUCCCCUCCUCCGACCGCUGCUCCCGCCCCCACCGGCCUGGAGGAUAGCCUCGCAGGCCUGUCACUCGCCUCGGCCACACCCGCCAUGCCCAGUGAACUGCACACAGGCGUGCCUACUGUACCCUUGCUACCCACCCAAGUCAGCCCCUCCCUGGCCUCUGUGCCAGGGGUGAACCCUGCCACUACGCUACCAGGCCUCAUGCCAUUACCUGCUGGCCUGCCGCCUCUCCCGAACCUCCCAAACCUGCCCAACCUGAACAUCCCGCUACCUGACCUGAGCGGCGUCUCAUUACCAGGCAUCAGUGGCAUGCCUCCUGUCGUCGGUCUCCCCCCACUUGCUCCCUUAGCCCCUCUGCCCCCUCUGAACCUCCCUGGCAUGGCCCCCCUCCCUAUGCCCACCAUGCUACCCACCUCCCUGGCCUCCACGUUACCAGCCAUGCCUGCUGUCAGCCUGCCACCCGCCGUCAUCCUGGACGCCAGCGCGGUGUCAGAGGUUACCAUGACAACAGAGGCUGCGGCUCAUGCCCCCGUGCCUGUACUCACGGAGACGGCAGCCGCUGCGGCUACGACAGAAGACGCCCCACCAGCCGCAGAGUCAUCAUAACAAAGUGCUGUUUUUGUUUUGUUUGUUUGUUUCACUAUUCCAUCAUAUUAUUUGUGGAUAUGCGCACUCUCUCUCUUUUUUUCUCUCUUUCUUUCUUUCUUUCUCUCUCUCUCUCUCUCUCUCUCUCUCUCGCAGUUUCUCCUUGUUACACUCUCUCAAAUGUAUUUAUUUGGCCCUGGAAAAGUAGUGGGCUCCAGACACAGAGAGAGACUGGCCCACCUGCUGGACGCAGGGCGCACUCUCUGAAGGACGCAGAGAUGAGCUGAAGGAUUCAUGAAUGGACAGCGCAAUGAGUGUAUGAAAAGCAGGAACUGAACAAAAAACGACUACCAUGCAGAUAAAUGUAAAGCGGCCCCCUCAUAAGCACCCUGCAUAGCCUUGAUUUCUCUCCUUUACGGUGCGCCUCCCUCUGAUAUUUCUGUACUGCCAUUUAUGUUUUGGUUUGUUUCUUUUUUUAAAUUGCUUUGGAAUCGAUAAAUCAUUUUUUUCUCGAUGUAUUUUUAGUUAUGCCUCGUGAUUUGUAUUUUAUUUUUGUUUGUUUUUCCCCUCUUUAUCUCAGAGAAUCAUUAUAUUGCAUUUUUGCACCAUUUUUGUUAUUAAUUUGGGUCUGAUUUCUCCUAUAACUAUCUCCCUCGUGCACAGUCCAUCAUGACACUCCACUCCCUCCGUUUGGUGUUUGGUUGCGGGUACACGGAGUCGUCGCUCGAUAACUCCACGGAGACAGUCACCUGCCGAUGGGCAGCUGGGCGGUGCGGGGAGGCUCCGUGGGUCAAGGGAGAGGUGUCUAACGAUGGUUCUUUUCCCGUACACAAGCAAUAAACUACACCGGAUUUUACACUAAA